AGCAAUUUUAGAGAUUUAUUCAUAACCUUACAAGAUUUAGUCAAAACUCCACAAGUGACGGUUUUUGCGUAAAAAAAGAAAAGCGGUAACGCAAAACAUGGAUUCAAAAAAAAGCCAAAAACAAAGUAAACAAAAAUAGUUAGUUAUUAACCUUUUGUGAGAAGAGAACCAAAAACAACAAGAAAUAUCUCAUUUCUCACAAUCACGGAGAAAGAAACUUCACAAGAAAUGGCACAAGCAACACGCGAAGAAAAGCUUCAUGAGAAUCAAGAAAAAGAUGUUCAAGAAACGAGCAAUUCGAGCUUCAAAUUCAACGUUCAAGCGCCUGAAUUUGUGCCGCGAUCGCAUGCUCAAAUGCCGGUUUCCGGUUAUUACUAUCCUUGCUUUCAGAUUAUCGGCGGUUCCGGUGAUUCGGAUUGGUUUUACGUUGGUGAUCAAGAUGCUUCGUGUUUGAUCCCUAAUGCGAGUGUUCCUCCGCCUAGUUCUCCCAAGAAUGUCCUCAAUCCUGAUCUUCAGCAAAAGAUUGUUAAACAGGUGGAGUAUCAGUUCAGUGACAUGAGCUUACUAGCAAAUGAAUCUUUCCAGAAACAGAUGAAUAAGGAUCCUGAAGGCUAUGUUCCAAUUACUGUGAUUGCUUCCACCAAAAAGAUCAAGUCACUUGUUAGCAACAUUCCACUUCUUACACAGGCUAUCCGCCAGUCUUCAAAACUUGUUUUGAGUGCUGAUAGCAAGAAGGUUAAACGCAAACAUCCUUUCACUGAAAAGGAGAAAGAGGAAUUACAGUCUCGUAUUGUUGUGGCAGAGAAUUUACCCGACGACCAUUCCCAUCAAAAUCUUCAGAAAAUAUUUUCCGUAGUUGGAAGUGUGAAAACGAUUAGAAUAUGCCAUCCCCAAGAACCGAAUUCUUCUCGCCCGAAAGGUGAUUUCCUCAUCAGUAACAAGCUACAUGCACUUGUGGAGUAUGACACAUCAGAUUUAGCUGACAAAGCUGCUGAAAAGUUAAACGAUGAAAGGAAUUGGAGGAAAGGGAUGCGAGUAAGGUUGCUUCUUAGAUGCUCGCCAAAGUCUGUUUUGAAGAACAGAAAGUCAGAAUUUGAUGGCUAUCUAGAUGAGGAUGAGAAUCUAAAUUCUGAAACUGCUGAAGAUUCUUCUCAUCCAAACAACACUGAAGUAUCCGCUGAGAAUAAUGGUGAUGAAACUUCAGUAGGAUCAAAGAAAGGAUGGGCUAGAGGGCGUGGAAAGGGAAGAGGACGCACUCAAAACCAUACCGGACGUGGCCUACUUGGCCCACCAUCUCCAUCAAGCAGCCUUGUCCCGAGUGAAAUAUCGACUAAACCCAGCGCCAAAGGCCCUAGAAUGCCAGAUGGUACAAGAGGUUUUGCUGUCGGACGAGGCAAGCCAAUUAGUUGUCCCACUUCACCUCGGGAGUAAUGGUAUUGAACUUGCCAAAAUUUUCCAUAUGCUCUCUUUAGUAAAAUUUAGGAGUUUUUUGUUUUGUUUUUCUUAUGACCAGGGUAUUCUAAAGCAGCAAAUUGAUUUUUUUAGAUGUUACCAACUUAGUAAUAAUUCAAGGUGUAUAGUGUUGUAUGUUAUGGUUGAUCCUGAUAACAACUACAAAUAUCCUGUAUCAUGCUACCUUAGCAUGAAACUUAAUUAGAGGUAUUCCAAUUUUUUUUGUCAGAAACAUGUACUUACUAGUACUAUUCUUUGUACACUAAAAUGUUGAAUUUAAAUAAGAGACUUAGAAGUUAAAGCUCUC